AUGGAUUCUAAUGGUGGUGUAACGGUGGUUGAUAGCAAAUCAUGCAGGCAGUUGUACUUGAGAACCGCCUACACGUUUUCGAGGCCGGAUGAGAAAAAAGAGAGUUAUGGGAAUAUUGAGAAGGCUAAGAAGUGCUUAAGCAGGGUUAAAGACAGAGUUACUCUGGUUUAUAAAAGAGAUUAUAAUGACAAAAGUUACAAGGUUAUGAUUAGAAAUAAUAAGGGUAGUAGUAUGGUGAUAUAUAGAAAGGUAAAGGAAUUUUCUUAUGCUUCUUUCUUGCCUAUGAUCCGUAGGAUGCUUUCUUGUACUGCAAAAGUUGAUGUUUCUGAGCAUUAA